AUGAUCUGCUGAGUUGUUCAUGUUCCUUGAAGAAAGGAAUGCUUGAUGGGUCCGUUUCCUGCAUCUUUCUCUUCCAGUUCACCCAAAUCGAAAAGAAUGGGAUGAUAGACAUGAUUCUGUCCGCUUGCUCUGGCUAAGUUUAGGCAGGCCUAAACACCAGUGAUUUUGAGCUAGAACCAAUCGAAAUCAAAUGCCAUCCACCCAUAAUUUCUUUUCUUUAUUUUUCAAUCAAUCGCACUACCGAUCAUAAAAACACGAGAGACCUAGAAAAGUCAGAAUUCGAAGUUUGAUAAAUUAGAGUUAAAUCACAAUCACCAACAAAAACAGUGUAUAUUUUCUUUCCUGUUCUCUCUAGGAAAAACUACCUGAGAUAAAUUAAAUAAACGUCAGCAAGCAAAUUGUCGAGUCACGAGGCAGGCUAAGCUUUUCCAGUUCAAAAGUCGGGCACCACACGGUCCAGUCCACCUCUACCUUUUAUCUUCUCUCCCCAUCUUUCUCACUCGUCCCUGUAAAGUGUAGACUCUAAUAGUAGUAAAACAACCCGCACGCCAACCAGAAGAAAUGUGAAAACGAGAAAGCUCUACGCCCACUACACGUCCGCCCUCUUUUUUAGCCCCCCCCCUCCUCCUCAACAACCACCACUGGACUGCUUAAUUAGCCCUUUCCUUUCUAUCUCCUUUUCGCUCUAGCUUAAUUGGAUCCUUUCAGGUUGCUACUGAAAAAAAUGACAAGCUUAGAGUCAAGCUCAGGUGGUGAUCCUAACAUCAAAGGCAUACCUGCUCAUGGUGGACGCUAUGUACAGUAUAAUGUGUACGGUAACCUCUUUGAAGUUUCUAGAAAGUAUUUCCCUCCUAUUCGACCUAUUGGCCGUGGCGCUAAUGGUAUUGUUUGUGCUGCUGUGAAUUCUGAGACAUGUGAAGAGGUUGCCAUCAAGAAGAUUGGUAAUGCAUUUGACAAUAGAAUAGAUGCCAAGAGGACUUUACGAGAGAUUAAGCUUCUUCGCCACAUGGAUCAUGAAAAUGUUAUUGCUAUCAAAGACAUCAUCCGGCCUCCCCAGACGGAGAACUUCAAUGACGUAUACAUUGUUUAUGAAUUAAUGGACACGGAUCUACAUCAAAUAAUACGCUCCAACCAACUAUUGACAGAUGAUCAUUGUCGGGAUAUUGUUAACUUUUGGCUGGACUUUUUAGCUUGCUGCAUAUUUCAAGCUUUACAGUACUUUCUUUAUCAAUUGCUAAGAGGGCUUAAAUAUGUGCAUUCGGCAAAUGUCUUGCAUCGUGAUCUAAAACCCAGUAAUUUGUUCUUGAAUGCUAAUUGUGACCUUAAGAUUGGAGACUUUGGACUUGCAAGGACAACAUCUGAAACGGAUUUCAUGACCGAGUAUGUGGUCACUCGAUGGUACCGGGCACCAGAAUUACUCCUUAACUGCUCUGAGUAUACUGCAGCAAUUGAUAUAUGGUCAGUGGGUUGCAUACUUGGUGAAAUCAUGACUCGGCAACCUUUAUUUCCUGGAAAAGACUAUGUUCAUCAGCUGAGGCUUAUUACAGAGCUCAUAGGUUCACCUGAUGACUUCAGUCUUGGUUUCCUACGAAGCGAGAAUGCUCGAAGAUAUGUUAGGCAGCUUCCGCAAUAUCCCAGGCAAAAUUUUGCUGCUAGAUUUCCUAACAUGUCUGCUGGUGCUGUCGAAUUGUUGGAGAAAAUGCUGGUCUUUGAUCCAAAUAGGCGUAUUACAGUCGAUGAGGCACUGUGCCAUCCAUACUUGGAACCUCUUCAUGGCAUCAAUGAGGAGCCUGUUUGCCCAAAGCCUUUCAGCUUUGAUUUUGAGCAACCAUCUUUUACUGAAGAAAACAUCAAGGAACUCAUCUGGAGGGAAUCUGUAAACUUCAAUCCAGAUUCGUGAGAAUUAUCUGAUCAACUUGUUGUGUGCAUUUGGGAAGGUAUCCCAUGAUUAUGAUGUACAACAUUAUUACAUAAAAUCCAUCAGGAUCUCUGAGAGAAGAAGAGAUAAGAAACAUAGUGUAUAUUGGAUUUGCUUACGAUUUUCUGUAGAGCUCUAUGAACUGAUAUCUUAGAUUUGUUACGCAUCAGAAAGUGUAAGACAGAGGACAAGCAGCACAAUUCUCAAGUUUGCCGAGCAGAAUCUCUACGAAGGUUCCAUCUUUUGUUGGUGGAGGUGCCAUGUGAGGAGUGCUCUAGUAAAACUCUACCAGUCGUGGAGUGUGAAUCCUGCAUGGUUGUGAGGACGCUCAAUGGUCCCUGUUUUUUCUUGGUUUCUGAAAGUUGAUUUUAAAUGUGAAGAAUUGCUAUGACUUGCUAGGUUAUAUAAUGUUUCUCAUCUUUGACCUGGGAGAGAUGAAAUCUGUAAAUACUACUUCUGGUACUGUUGUGCGAGUUGUUGUGGAAUGAUUAUGCUGUAUGGUAAUUUGGAUUUA